AUGGAGUCUCUCAGCAAUGCCCCUGAGGCCUCAUCUUUCGUUCCCAUUGCAGAGCACCAGUCGCGCACACCGAGCUCCUUCUACUCCGGUCCACCAGUACUGCAUUACCACAGCCAGCGAUGCAAAAUCGUCAUCCUUGAGCGUGAUUUGAUCGCCAACCCCGUUUUGAAUGCUCUGCGUGGCGAAAGCGCGACAGCAAACGGAGCCAGUGCGCAAGCCGAUGAGGAUGAGGAGAGCACCGAGGUUGCCAUUGAGGGCGUGGAUACAUGGGUGGGAUCUGAGAAAUUUAUCUUGUACUCGCCCAGCGCUUCAGCAGGAGUUUCAAUUCCCUACCCCUCCAUCUCCCUGCAUGCGAUCCAGCGCCUGCGCGUCCCAGGUACCGAUACCGAUGUCCAAGGACUAUACAUGCAAAUCGCGAUCCCCACCGCUCCCUCCGCAGAUGACGAAGAAGAAUGCGUUAUUCUCACUGUCGUGCCCACCGACGAGACACCUGCAGCCGAACAUACAGAUACACCACCAGAGCUAGAUACCUCCGAUGAGAUAGAAUCACCCACACAACAGCUCUACAACGCCGUCUCCGCCUGCUCGAACCUGCACCCUGACCCCGUGGAGCCGGGUGAUGAGGACGAUGAUGAGGAUGGUGCAGCCAAGAUCCUCUAUGAGGGCUCUUCUGGAAAUGGCGACCUGCCGCCUCCUGUAGCUGGAAGCUCAGGAUGGAUUACAGCAGAGAAUAUGAACGAGUUCUUUGAUGAGGAGGGUAAUUGGAUUGCGGAUGGUGAGCCACCUGCUUUCCCGCUUGGCCCUGGGGCUGGAACUGUGCAUGAGCGGGAAGAGGAGAAUGGAGCUGAUGAGAAUGGGGAGGAGGAUGAUGAGACUAAGUGGCGACGCACUGAAUAA